CUCAGCUAAAACAGCCUGGCGCUGUAGUUUUUAACAAACAUGACCAAAACAGAAGUAAAUUGUGUCUUUAUUGGGGGCUAUUUUAAACCAAGGAUGAAUACACAAUCGGUGUGCUGGGGAGUACAGCAGCAGAACGGUGUAUGUGGGAUUUACGAAAUAAACAAAAUCAACUACAGUGCCCAUGUUCAAUCAUGUCACCCAGUGCAAUAGUGUGGCUCAUUGAUGUGUUUUUGGACAACGAUGGAAGGUCUUUGGCACAAAGGAAUGAGAUAUAUCAGGCUUUGCCAACACAACACUUUCAAUUCGACAAUUCAUUGUUGAUUUUGGUCUUUAAAUGGGAUUUGUUGACAAUAAGAAAAAUAUCACCAGAUGUAUCCUUAAAUUCAGAGCCUGAAUUAGAAAAGUUUUUUCAGUAGUAACAUUCCCUGAAGGUCAUUUUAUAAUAGCUGUUUGAAUGAUGCAAUUUCAUCACAUCAAAAUGUUAAGGGAGCAGUGGAGAAUACCAGUUUAAUGCUUUACCAGCCAUUAAAUAUCCUCUCUUACAGUGAAAUCAACCCAAGAUAAGAUAACGUUUGCGUUCCAUAAUAGCACCUGUUGAAGAAAAUAAUGUAAACGGAAACACAGGUAGGUUUAGUUUCUUGUAGGGAGGAAACCACAAUAAGGUUACAAUAUUUUGUUCUGAGGUUGUGUGCGUUCAACCAUACAGUGUGAUUAUUGUGUAAAUGUAGUAAUAUAACAAAUUGACAGAGUGACACUGUUGCUAUAAUGACUCAGUCACAGAGACCCCAGGGGGCAGCCUCUUACACCAUCUACUCCAGAUCCCCCCGUGACUCAGGUUGGACAUAUUUCACAUGAAACACUGUGUCAGCUGUCUGAGAGUCGGUGGAUGUUCCUUGGGAGUGGGUAGGGGUGGGGUUUGAAGCGUGGAUAUUACAUUUCAUGUUCCAGAAUGAAGCCCAUAGCUCCACACUGAGCACCCAGACUAUAAAUAACCUGCCAGUUGGAGCUCAGUUGAAGGGUCCGGACAGCUGAGGAAGUGGGCCGUCCCGGGGUACAGCUGGUGUGGGCAAAUAGCAGACUGACUGUGUCUCUGAAUCCUCUUUCCAGGCAAGAAACUAAACCUACUCUGCUAUAAAGAAGAUCCAUUUUUGUUUGAUUUGAAGCCACUGAAAGGCUCUUCAAACUCCCCCUUGCUAGGAACAAUGGCUCUACCGAUAAACCCCAUGGACGAACCCAGGAUGUACCAGCAGACGUUGCUCCAGGACGGCCUGUAUGACCUGCUGGAGAACGACAAGCUGGUCGACUGUGUGCUGAAGAUCAAAGACAAGGAGUUCCCCUGCCACCGGCUGGUCCUGUGUGCAUGCAGCUCGUACUUCCGCUCCAUCUUUUUGUCAGACCUGGAGGAGAGCAAAAAGAGAGAGAUCGUCUUGGAGGAUGUGGAACCUGGCGUCAUGGGGCUGAUCCUCAAGUACCUUUACACCAGCAAAAUCAAUGUGACAGAGCAGAACGUCCAGGACAUCUUUGCAGUUGCUAAUGUGUACCAGAUCCCUUCAAUUUUCACUGUAUGUGUGUCUUUCCUACAAAAGCGCCUGAGCCUCAGCAACUGCCUGGCUAUCUUCAGGCUCGGCCUGAUGCUGGACUGUCCCAGGUUGGCUGUCUCUGCUCGAAACUACGCCUGCGAGCGCUUCCAGCUCAUCUCCAGAGAUGAGGACUUCCUCCAGCUGCUCCCCAGUGAGCUGGCAGCCAUUUUAGCAAACGACAAUCUGAACGUAGAGACAGAGGAGGCAGUGUUUGAGGCUUUGAUGAACUGGGUGUCCCGGGACACAGAGAGCAGAGAGAAAGAGUUGCCGGGUUUGCUGGAUUGCGUUCGUUUGCGUCUGGUCAACGAGGAUUACCUGAAGGAAAAAGUGGAGAAACACAAACUGAUCUCCUCCAAUCCUGAGUUGCAGCAGAAACUCCAGCUUGUCAGGGAUGCUCUCGCUGGGAAAAUGCCAGAGGUUAAAAAAAGCAAAAGCAAGAAGGAGGAUGCAGAGAAAGAUGGAGAGGAGGAUAUAGGGGAAGAAGAGGGUCUUCUCCCAGGAAUCCUGAAUGACAACCUGCGAUUUGGGAUGUUUGCCAGGGACCUGAUACUGAUGGUGAACGACACAGGUGCUGUGGCCUACGAUCCCACAGGGAACGACUGCUUUGUAGCAUCACUUUCCACACAGAUUCCCAAGAACCAUGUCAGCCUGGUCACCAAGGAGAACCAGAUCUUUGUGGCAGGAGGAUUAUUCUUUGAUGAACAGAACAAAGAGGACCCACUCUGCGCUUACUUCCUACAGUAUGACCCGGUCGGUGCUGAUUGGCUGGGGAUGCCUCCCCUCCCAUCUCCCCGCUUCCUGUUUGGGCUGGCCGAGGCUGAGAACUCCAUCUUUGUGUUGGGAGGGAGGGAAUUGAAGGAGCAGGAGCUCACGCUGGACUCAGUCUUGGUCUAUGACAGACAAUCUUUUAAAUGGGGUGAAUCGGAGCCAAUUCCUUAUCAAGUCUAUGGACAUGCAACCAUAUCCCAUAAUGAUGUUAUUUAUGUGAUUGGAGGAAAGGGAGAGAACAAGAGCUGUCUAAGGCAGAUGUGUGCAUAUGACCCCAAGAGAUUUGAAUGGAAGGAGCUUGCACCCAUGAAGGUUGCUCGUUCUUUAUUUGGAGCCACCGUUCAUAAGGACAAAAUUUAUGUGGCAGCAGGAGUCACCGACACUGGGCUGACAGACUCUGUGGAGGUGUAUGACAUCGCUACCAACAAGUGGUCAGACUUUGUAGUGUUUCCCCAGGAGCGUAGCUCCUUGAACCUGGUGUCUUUGGCUGGCUUUCUGUAUGCUGUAGGAGGUUUUGCCAUGAUGCCUUUGGAGGACAGCGAAGAGAUCAUUCCCAAAGAGAUGAAAGACAUCUGGAGGUUUGAUGAGACAGAGAGGAAAUGGACUGGGAUCCUCAGAGAGAUCCAGUACGCUUCAGGGGCCACUAUUCUGGGGGUCCGCCUCAACACCCUGCGUCUCACCAAGAUGUAAAACCCCCUCAAGUCCCUGCUUGUUAACAGAAAUCUGUGCUUGUUAACCAGUAGUUCAUAGGAGUCCAAGCUGGGCUCAGAGUCACAGUGGCAUCUAACAUCAGUAGAGAUGUUAGGAAUCAGCUUAAUGUGUUUGGUGUUCGGGUUGUUUUAUUUUACACUAUGCUACAGCAGUUCUAAUGAUGUAGCUAACUGUGAUUCUGGCUUAACAUGGGCAAUCUUUAUUGAUUGAAGACAUUUUUUAUAUAUAUAUAUAUAUAUUUAUAUAUGUGGUGUGUCAUCGAUUUAAAUCAGAUUGAGAUUGUAAAACUGUGAACAAUCUGUAGCCUGUUGACAUUUUUUUCAUUGUAUGGAAUAAAACUGAAGUAUUUAACACCAAAAACUGUCUUGAUAAUCAUGGAAUAUUUUUGUGCAUUUCCCAACAGAUGGCAGCAAAGUCAUAAUGUAGGUACCUUUAGACAGAAUGACUGGAACAUGGCACAGUUAAAAAAAACUAUUUCAGUUUCUGUGCAGAAACAAAAACACAGCACACAUCUCCAUUUGCAAUAAUAUAUCUAUACUGUUUAAUAUUGAAAUGAUUUAUUAUGCUCUGCUGUGUUACAGACAGUAAACACUAGUCAAUAAUACAAUAAAAGACAGAAAAUACAGUCUAAUGUUAUUAGCACCUCUAGACACUAUUGUCCUUGUACGGUUUUUAGUAUUUUAAUAUAGCAGAACUUGACAACUACUGCCUACACAUGGUCUCUGUACACCAGAGUUAACUAAGACAUAGUGUUUACACUAUAAAGUCAGCAAAUAACAGUACACAUUAUGAUUUCUUUAACACAACUGCAGUAUGAGUAAGUAUGGGAAAUGUAGAGGGUAUGUGGAUACUGCAUCUUUGAAUUGAUUAUGGAAUCGGUGCCCAUGGUUAUUAUCACAUAUAUCUUUGCCCAAAAAGGGGAAAAGUCACCAUCAAACAAAUUUAUUAGAACAGCUAACCAAACGUUCACAUGCAAAAUAACCAACAACACUUGUUUUGCAAUUUUAUGUUCUAGUUUCUAUGGAGCCCAGAAACUGGCCAAAUAUAGAGAAAGAUUAUCAGAUGAUUAAAAAAAAUAGAUCUGAACCCAUAUAAUAAAUAAUACUGUUAGUUUAAACAUUUAAAUGGAGAGUAAAAAGGAAUUUCUCUUUAACCUCAAAUCAUCUGGUAAAAAAGGCCAAACGCUAUUAUUUUCCAGAGGACUGUGUGGCUAGCUAGCUUAACUGACAACACUGGUGGCUAAACACACUAAACACCAGCCUAGAUAGGUAGCUACCUAGCCGAAGCUAACUUUGAUCAUAAAAGCACACCAGCCAGUACACUUAAUGUUAAUCAUCCAUAUACUCUAUAAUGCCUUCUUAUCACUGUAUAAACUCUUCUAACAGUAGCUAAAGCAUUUAGCUUGACUUUUUGAUGUUGCUGGGUUUUAUCAUCCCACUUUUGUCAUUUUAUAUUUUCUUAACUUUAUUUUAUCCCCUGGUGUUUUUAUGUUUUUAUGAUCCCUCUGUUGUUUUUAUUGUUGUUAUGGGGUUUUAUCUGCCCUUUUCCUGUAAAGCACUUUGUAAUCUUGUUAAAAAAAGUGCUAUAAAUAAAGUUUAUUAUAUAAUUAUUUUAGCAUGCAAGAUAACAAAAACAACAUUAGCUAGCUAAGGCUAAUAAGCUUUAGCUAGUAAAUAAUGCUUAUCAUCCUCAAUUGCAUGUCUUUUGUCUUCAUCACAGACCACAAUGAAAAUAAGUCUCAGACUUUAUUACUGUGUGUUAUCCUUUACAUUUUGUAGAUGCGUGUUUUUUCAAACAAACUAAACUAAAAUACUAAAAGUAGUUUUCUACUUUUUUUAACCAACUGAUUGGGAAGUUAAAGGAGUAGAAGUAAAGAAGUAAACCUUUAUAUGUAUUUUUACUAGGGCUGGAACCAUCGAUUAUUUUCAUUAUCGAUUCAUUUGUUGAUUAUUUUCUCAAUUGAUCGAUUAGUCGUUUGUCUAAAAUGUCAGAAAGUGGUAAAAAAAAAUGCCCAAUCACAAAUUCCCAGCCCCCAAAGUGACAUCUUCAAUCAUCAUGUUUUGUCUGACCAACAGUCCAAAACCCAAAGCUAUUCAGUUUACUACUGUAUAAGACUAACAAAAAUAGAAAAUAUUGAUUAUUGAUUGAAUAAAUAUUGAUUAUCAAAUUAGUUGGCGAUUCAUUUUCUGUCUGACUAAAUCAACCUUCGACUACUUGACUAAUUGUUGCAGCUCUACUUUUCACACUCCAUUUUAAUAAUUGAACUAACAAUAUUAUUUAUUGAUGUAUUAUUUUUGUAUUAUAUUAUUUUUGACUCGUCUGAUAACCUUUUGUCGGUUUUGGGGCUCCAUAAAAAAAAACCCAACAAAGCUGCUCCUCCAAUCUUAAAAAAAAACAUUUUUUCCUUCUUCAAAAGAGUAACACAUUUCUUUAAAUUCUUACAUACAUACAAUGCUAUCUCUCCAAUAUCAUCAUGAAACUUUAAUUGCUACUAAAAUAAGACAGCAAUGUUCCCAAACUUUUCUUGAAGCUGAAGGCCACACAAAUAAAUCCUUUUGGAUACACACUGCGGCUCUAGCAGCUAAACCCAAAACUACAAGCCCCAGUAGAGACCCAACUUGGCAAUCCCAUGAGCACUCUGCUUUGUACCAACUGCCAUGCUCAAUGCUUCAUUAUGUGACAAACAUUUGCCUUGGGUGCAAUGCAGAAUGCACAGUCACUGUGUCACAGUGGUGUCUAGGCUCCCACUUAAUCACUGACAAACCCUCAUUUAAGGACAAGGACAGGUCCACCUUUGCCUAAUCUAAUACAAGCCUUUGGCUGCUAGCCUUAGUAAAGGAGAAUUUGGCUAAUUAAAAGACAUAAAGCCUACUUGCCUUGAAUAUAGGACUCCUAAACACUGUGCAAAAUUUCCCUUCUGAGUUUCUAGAAUCUCAGCUUUACUGCCAUUUAACAUUAUAACAUUAAACAACAAAAUCUACACUUAAAAAAUUACUUGUUAUAUUAUUUUUUUUUUUAGUAUUUGGGAGAUGUCAGAGCUCAUAAAUGUCUUUCUUUGAUACAUUUUCAAUGUACAGCUCGAUUAAGUGUCAUUACCGUAGAAAAGGUUUCAGUCGUAGUCAUCUGGACACUGUUUUCAGAAUCAAGACGUUUCGGCUCCCAUCCGGAAGUCAUUCUCAAUUGUGGACACACCCACAAUUGAGAAUGACUUCCGGAUGGGAGCCGAAACGAAGUAACUAUGAACACACACGCCUUGUAUUUCCAUUUACAAUGUUAUCAAAGUAUAAUAUUUAGGCUUUCAGAAUUAAAAAUGUACUUUUGCCUGAGUCAGAGUGUCCAGAUGACUACGACUGAAACCUUUUCUACGAUAGAACACUGCUGGACGAAUGAGGGACUACACCGUCUUAAGUGUCAUUACAUCACUUUGAUGGGUUUUGUCUUGUUGCAGCUGGAUUUAGGGAAGACUUGUUCAUCCAAGACAAAGGAUUAACAUUUAAAUUCUGCUUUCUAGGGUGGAUUUAGACUAACAGUCACUCUCUACACUUCCUCUGAACGCUGUGUCAUGAACUAUAUAUGUAAUAUAAUCAUAAUGUAAUAUAUUUCCUCUACUUUUGACUCUUGAGCUGCUGUAACAAGCGAACUUCCCUGGUGUGGGAUCAAUAAACUUUAUCUUGUUUCUUCUAUCUUAUCUUAGUGUGUAAAGUGGGGUAAAACAAAUAAUUUUGUUUUUACAUUACUUUUUUUAACAUUUACCACAUGAUACAUUUGAUACAUGAUCAUCCGCUCAGGUUCAUUCACCUCCAAAAUGAUGAAUAUGAUGCAGUUUGUUUGAUUUACUUUAACAGCAAUUGAUUAAUACUACACUGGUUUGGAAGCCCAUAACUUCAGUAGAUUCUAGUAUAAUAUUUCAAUCUGAUUCCAAGCAGGAACAUACAGUAGGAUCUAUUUUUGCAGGGUCUGAACAAACAGUUUUGAUGUCCCUUUAGUCUAAACAAAAAGUUGUUUCAGAGGACUGAACACCUGCCAAGGACACAUUUCUGGCAGAGACUGCAUGUUUGUAAUUUCCUAUAAUCUUAUGCCACAGAAAUAUUUUAAAAAACAAAACGGUUUGAUUCAAAUAACUGCAACUGUACCAGCCUUCAAACCCUGCUAGCAAAAGUGGAGUAUAAAGUGCUCACAAUAAUUAAUAUCAUUACUCAGUUUGGCAACUGACACCUUCCUUUACAUUUUCUCAUGGCAUGAAAUAUAACUCACAUAUUAAGACCCUUCAAUAGGAGCAAAUCGGUAAUUUCUCUUGAUUAUGGUAGUGAUGGGAGAACCAACCAAUCAGAAACACUGUAUGCACCCUUAGGGAGGAGUCACAAAUACUUGUUAAAGAGUGACGCAGUGCAAAACAGGCAGACUGAAACACAGAAACACCAGUUUAGGUGCACUGACUCCACACCACAGUGAAUAAGUUAUUCUAGGAAAUAAAACACAGGUCAGGUCACUUCUGCAACUUACUACCCACAAACUCUGAUCAAAUUUGAACAAAUAAUACAAAGAAAUUGGUUGUCAAUUAGUAGAUUUUGUUAAUCAUUUAUGAGUAUAAAUAUCCACACGGUACAUUUAAAUGUAAAAUGUAUGCCUUUGGAUUUUGAUUUUCCUGGAAAUGUUGAAACUUCAAAAUCGUUUUUUCAGUACACAUCUCUGCUACCUAUUUUUCACCUUGUAUCUGCAUACAUGUUCCCCAAUAUGGGCUAGUGUGGCAAUCAAAUUCAAAGUGCAUAAAUCAGUAGUAUUAACUACUAUCCCUCCUCCUUUACCAUCAGCUACUACCAUCAUCCAUAACACAAAAACAUUCAAAUCCCUCCAAGUAUAAGGCGAAUACACAAACUAUAACCACGAUAUCUUAGUAUAUAGUAUCUCUCGGGCUAGUGCUUCUCAAAACAGUGAAGUGGGAAAAUACUUAAAUUUUUUUGCCUUUUCUUAUGAAUUAUAAUGUACUCUUAAGGGAGGCUUUUCUCUUUCUUUAGUGUAGGAUUGCUAACAGAGUGCAGUUUACUAAGAUGCCACAAGAGAGCAACAGUCCUUAUGUUUGUGUGACAUUGACAGACUGCCAUUAGUCCUCUCUACAUCAACAAUCAGAAGCCCCAUCUACCAAUAACCAUAUCAAACCUUAGAUGGGUAUAAAAUGUUGGCAGUUACCUCAUUAAACUCCUCAAAGUGUCUAAAUUGUAGCUUGUUUACGACCCGAACUGUCCAGUAAGGCUAACUUGGAUUUAUCACAGCCAGAAUAUAUUCAACAAUUUAACAGCUCUAGACUUUUCAUUUAAAAGGGCAGUCUCAAACUGGACCCUGUACAAAAGCAGCAAAUCAAAGUACAAAACAUGUGUUAGACACAUGAAGAAAAAGUACCAUUAUCAAAUAGCAUCUGAUGUGGUCCUAGCUUUUUUACCAUGGCAGUUUAAGAAAUACAUGUAACUGGGGUGAGCUAAGACAUAAGACUCCACUAAGGUGCUUAAAUUUGUCUUUUAAAUAAAACAAUGAACAGCUUAUUACAUUUAAAAAAGCUUAUCCACAAAUUUCAACUUUCGGUAGUACCAGCCAAGACACACGUGGGGGCACAUUCAACUGACUCUCCAAAUGUAAACAUGAGGAAUUAAUCACAAGGAAGAAACACGUCCUAACAAUAUUUACACGUUAAUGCUACACUAACAAGUAGGCUAUCUAUAGAUAAAGUGAGCAGGAGUGCAGAGACUCAUUUUGGAUUUCAUUGAUUGAAAUAUCAGAUUUAAAGGAAUAUUCAGACAUUUUGGGAAGUAUGCUUAUUUGCUUUCUUGCAGAGUUAUAUGAGAAGGUUGAUGCCACUCUCAUAUCUGUCCAUUAAACAUGAAGCUAAAGCCAGCAGCC